UGACUCGGGCAACAGAGUACAAAAGUAAUUUUUGUCCCUUAAAUUACGUGGGUUUUACGUGGGUUAAGAGCAAGUUGCUACGCAAACUCUCCUCCUCCUCCUCAUAUCGCCACACAGUCUUCCACUACAACCUCCUCAUCAAACACAGAGUCGUGCCCUCCACGCUUUUGCACCAUCCUCUGCUUCGUCACCUUCAUCUCCAAUUCCCUCGUGGCAAUGUAUGCUCGAUGCUCCAAGUCUUCGAUGAAAUGCUCGAGAGGGGCACAGUAUCAUGGAACUUCCUCAUCGCUGCCUACUUGCAAAAUGACCAUCCUGCUGGUGCACUCGAUGUCUUUGCUCACAUGAUGAUGCAUGAGAACCCCAAGCCCGACAGAGUCACUGUUGUAAAUGCUCUUCCUGCAUGCCGCACCUUGCGAGCGGGUCGCUCUAGCAGAGAAAUACACACGUAUACAAUGCGUCGUGGACUCUUUGAAGAUAUCUUUGUGGGUAACACUUUGAUCGAUACGUAUGCCAAAUGCGAAUUAAUGGGAGAAGCGCUCUCUGUGUUUGAGAACAUGGGGGUUAAGGACAUUGUGUCAUGGAUUUCGAUUGUUACCGGAUUGUCACAAAAUGGGAGAUGUGAGGAAGCGAUGGAAAUCAUGGCAGAGAUGGAGGCCUUGAAGAUUGGUUUGAAUGUUCUCGGAAAAUUGUUUCAUGCCGGCUGCAUCACAUUUCCACGAUAUGCGGUCUAGAA